CACAGAUCAGAGCAUCCAGCCGUCCAAACUUUCCUAUGAUGCAAGCGUUGAGCUUUGUGAGGCCAUGGCAAAGAUGUACAGAAGAGAGAAUGAGCGAUGCCAAGCGCUUGAAACUUUGCUAUCGCAGGAGUUUGGGCUGGAGUUUACAGAAAUCACUUUAAGCAAUAAUUCCAGACCUAAUGGAAUUAGUAUGCAUGAGAUCAGUCUCCCCAACCCCAAGGACACCUCCCGUACUUAUCGAGAACAUGUAGCAAUAAUCAUCUGUGAGAGCAAGAACGAGAUUGAGGGCGCAACAAACGAUCCAUAUCUCCAGGCAACGUGUUCAUACUCUAAAUUCUGGAGCCAGUCAAAGCUCAAGGAUUUGCGGGCAAAGAGCAACUGUCCUUCAAUGCUGUUCUGCUCGGCCGGACCAUGGUUUUGCAUAUGUGGAGCAGUGUUCCUUGAUACAAUUAUUGUGGACCCUUUGACAGACAUGAUUCCGCUGAUGCCCACGAAUGAUAUGAUGCACUACAUGAAAAUUGCACGGGUAAUGGAGGCACUCAAAACUGCUCAUAAUGACCUUGCCAGGUACUACAAUGCAUUAGGGCAAUCAGAACUAAUGCUCAUGGAUGGUAUUGAUGUGCAGCGAUUCUAUCCUGACAUUCAGAGGUUCAAGGACGCCAAUGGCACGGAUGUCAGUUUUUACUACACUGAUGACCUCUGUGACCAGUGUGACCAUAUAGAACAUUUUAAUUUGCACCUAUGCCGGUGCACCAAGCCUUACCGGGGCCGAACAGAGGAUGGUCAAGAAAUUGUUGUGAAGUUCACAACGUGGUACAAUGAGGCCGCUCAUGAACUGUGCACUAAAGAUAACCUGGCUCCAAAGCUUCUUGGUGUUGAAGAAGUCUCCAAGGGAUUGAAGGUGAUCAUUAUGGAAUAUGCUCAGAACAGCAGGACAUUACAUGAAUAUAAACCGUCACAGCAAGAUCAGUACUUGCACGUGAUGGAGGAUGUGAAGAGGGCCAUCAGUUUAUUGCACAGAAAUGGUUAUGUCUUCGGUGACCUGCGCUCGUCCAAUGUCCUUGUUCUUCCAGACUCUGCAGAGUCAACAAAGGUACGGGCUGUACUUGUCGAUUUCGACUGGGUUGGAAGGAUAAUGAGGACACAUAUCCCAUAUCCAUGA